AGGUGAACAAAUCACCCAACUCAACCCUUCACGAUGAUCCGCGCCCUUCUGCUCCUGGUGUGCUGCCAGGCUGCUUUGUCCAUUGACAGCAGCAGCUUCAUCAAGCAGGCUCAGGUCCCUGGCCAGAACCAGAACUCGGUCCAACAGCAGGCCGCCAGUCGCGCCUCGGCCAACAUCGCCGCCAUGGUCCGCAACCGAACCAACUCGUGGACCGCUGGAGCACCUCGGCAGCCGCUGUCCUCGUACCGCGUCGGAGUCAACAUGGAGGAUCUGGAGUCUAAGCGGCUCAAGCCGGGCAUCUUGAUCUUGAAGGAGGAUAUCGACCUGCCGGAGCAGUUUGACGCCCGCGACAAGUGGCCUCAGUGCCCAAGUCUGCGCGAAAUCCGUAACCAGGGCUGCUGCGGAUCGUGCUGGGCCAUUUCCGCCGCGGAGGCCUUCACCGAUCGGUGGUGCAUCCACUCGCCGGAGCAUACCACGUUCUCGUUCGGAUCGUUCGACCUGAUCUCGUGCUGUCACUCUUGUGGAGACGGCUGCCAGGGAGGAGUUCUCGGACCGGCCUGGGAUUACUGGGUCCAGAAGGGAGUCUCCAGCGGAGGUCCGUACAAUUCCAAGCAGGGCUGUCACUCGUAUCCGUUUGACACGUGCCACUCCCCGGAUGAGGAUGACGACGCUCCGAAAUGUUCCCGCAAGUGCCAAUCCAGCUACAGCGUUCAGGAUGUUUCCAAGGAUCGUCGCUUUGGCCGCGUAGCGUACUCCGUGGUCGCGGACGAGCACCGCAUCAUGGAGGAGAUCUUCGUGAACGGACCCGUGCAGGCCGCCUUCCAGGUUUACCUGGACUUCAAGACGUACAAGAGUGGAGUGUACCGUCACGUGACGGGACCACUGGAGGGAGGUCACGCCAUCAAGAUCCUCGGCUGGGGCGUUGAGAACGGCACCAAGUACUGGCUGUGCAGCAACUCGUGGGGUGAGGACUGGGGCGAUCACGGCUUCUUCAAGAUUGUCCGCGGUGAGAACCAUCUGGGCAUUGAGACCGAUGUGCACGCCGGACUGCCGCAUUAUCGCAAGCACAAGGAGAUGUUUGAGUACGAUUACUGAGUGAUGUUUUCCUAAUCGGGCAUAAUAAAGAAGUGCUGAAGUAAAUAAA